GGAAUUAUAAUGUGUUCAGAGAUGCCGCCCACCAGGGCGCCAUUUUCAGCCUCGCCACAAGGCUCAUGCACGGACCAUAUCUCACAAAAAUUAAUUACUCACCUCAGCGCCUCCAACAAAAAUCCUCAAGGUCUCCAAAUCCACACCCCUCCACCCGACUCUCUCCCCCGUUCCAACAGUGGCGUCCAUUCCAAGAAUCCUCAGCGCCUGUGCAAGGCGCACCCUCUCCCCCAGCAUCCCACGAUCCACCCGAACAAUGGCAACUGCACCGCCGGAGGAGUCAAUACAAACACCCACCGCUCCCACCACCGCCGCUGCAGACUCCCCAAACCUGACGAAACUCCAUGGCCGAGCCUUCUACGAGAGUAUUGGCAGUCCCAAAUUUGUCCUCGCUCCCAUGGUCGACCAAUCUGAAUUCGCCUGGCGCAUGCUCACCCGCUCCUACAUGACCCCCGAAAGCACCAAAGACCUCCUAGCCUACAGCCCCAUGCUGCACGCGCGCCUCUUCACCACGACCGAAAAGUUCCGCUUCAACCACUUCCAGCCCACGCGCUCCGGUCUUCCCAACCCCCCCCUGUCCGCCCCGCCAGCUGAGUCGGCAGACAUAUACCUCGACGGAAACCCGACAAUCGACCGGCCUCUAUUCGUGCAGUUCUGCGCUAAUACGCCGGAGGAUUUGCUUGCGGCCGCGCAGUACGUGGCGCCCUUCUGCGACGCUGUGGAUUUGAACCUCGGGUGUCCGCAGGGGAUUGCUAGGAAGGGGGGGUACGGUGCGUUUCUGCAGGAGGAUCAGGAACUCAUCUACGCAUUGAUAAAUACCCUCCACACCCGCCUCGCUGUCCCAGUAACGGCUAAGAUCCGCGUCCUCAAGACCCGCAAGGCGACGCUGGCAUAUGCGAAGAAAGUCUUAAGCGCAGGGGCUAGUAUCCUGACCGUCCACGGCCGGCUGCGCGAGGCGAAGGGACAUAAGACGGGAUUAGCGGAUUGGGCCGCGAUCCGACACCUCCGCGACAACCUACCGAAAGAGACGGUCAUCUUUGCAAACGGCAAUAUCCUCUCCCGCGGCGACAUCGAGAGGUGUCUCGAAGCUACAGGCGCGGACGCCGUGAUGAGCGCGGACGGGAAUUUAUACGAUCCUGCUAUUUUUGCUCCUGCGCCGGAGGUUGGGGGGGGGGGAGUAUGUAUUGGAGGGGGAGGGAUGGGAGGGGGGGGUACAGGAUGGAUGAGGCGCUGAGGAGGUAUUUGGAUAUUCUGUAUAAGUAUGUACUGGAGCAGACGCCGCCGGUGAGGAAACUGCUUUAUGUCCCUGGACAGGCAGAGGCUGCGAGGGAUGCGCCGACGCCGGAGGGUGGGGAGGAGCCGCCGCGGAAGCGCGCGAAGACUGGUGCUGCGCCAGCUGAAGCUGUAGCAGCAGAGGCACCCAGCACGGCAGCAACGACGCAGCCAACCACCGGCACCGCCGAGACGUCUUCAAAGCCCAAAAACGCCAACAAGAAACAGAAGCGCGAAAAAACAUCCAGCCCCAACCUCCUCGCCAUGCAACCGCACUGCUUCCACCUCCUGCGCGCGCUGGUCUCCAAACACCACUCCGUGCGCGACGCGCUCGCGCGCUCUCGCCCGGGGGACAUGGAGGCGUAUGAAGGCGUGCUGGCGAUGGUGGAGCGGGUUGUGGAGGAGGGGAUUAGGGAGUACGAAGCUACUGGUGGAGCGAGCUAUCACGAUGCGCUGGAUGCGGAAGAGGGGGCG